UGUUACUGAAACUCUUAAUGCAACGCUUGCUCCUCCAGUAUUACUUGAAUCUGAGAGCAUCAACCGUCUGGAUUCCUUAAAAUGACGUAGCUCUAUGCAAAUAAGCAUCAUUCGCUCUACUUUGACGCCCUCUGGUGGGUAGGAUGCUGAUUCAGUUCAGAAUUACGUACGAAUUUGAAGGGAUAAGUUCGUUUUUUUUUAGAAAAAAACUAUUGGAAUCAAGGGUUUAGUAAACUUUAUGAACCGAAUAAAGAAUGUGAGCGCCAUCCAUGUCCUCUUGCUUUACUUUUGAACACCACCUCGAAGCCGAUCAGGAGUGGCGCGCGUGCACAUGAGGUUGCGCGCGACCUCGCCUUCGCUGUGCCCAAGUCGUUAGCUAGUGUGUUGUGUGUUCGUGACGUGAAAGGGUUAACGUCCCGUCCCUCAAGAGGAUUUUUUUUCUGACGUUAAGAUCUACAUGCAGGAGGUGGAGCUCACGGGGUGACACGUAAGAAUGUUACAGUACGUCUAGAAGGAGUGCGACAGAGACUUAUGUUUUCUCAGUGCUGUGAAGUUUGAUCCUUCGAUUUUUUUUUCCUACCACUUCAUACACAAAAAUCAUCAUCGGCAGGCUGCGUGCGUUUUCUCCAGACGUAGCCACGUGGGUGCUGGUAUCGUUGGUCUCCGGGCUUCUUGGGAGUCAGUCGCUCGUCGCUUCUCUGUCAGGAUGAGGUUUUCCAUGCUCAUUUCGCUGCUCAGGCCGAUCGGGCCGGUGGUUAUCGGCAUCUCUCUCGGCUUUACCUUAAGCCUGCUGAGCGUAACCUGGGUAGAGGAGCCGUGCGAUUCCGACGCCAAAGGAGGGGACGAAGUGGCGGUGCAGCAGGAGGGCAAGCUGAAUGGAGCUCGUAAACCCAACUCGCUUUCUGGUGUUGACAACGGUGAAGCCGAGGAGCAAUUUGAGCCCAAGAUAGUGCCGUACAAACCGGGCCAGAAGCAGUCAACGGCGAAGAAAGUGUUCAGGGCAAAAUAUAUCAGCACUGAACUAGGAAUACGGGAGAGACUUUUUGUUGGAGUCCUUACAUCCAAAAAUACCCUUAACACUAUGGCAGUGGCUGUAAACCGAACAAUUAGCCAUCAUUUGGAAAACGUUGUCUAUUUCACCGGAGAUGCGGAACCGAAAAAACCCCCCCAUGGAAUGUUUGUGGUCACUCAUGGUGAUGAACGCCAUAUCUGGAACAUGUUCCAGACCAUUAAGUAUGUGCUUGAGCACUACAUCAAUGAGUACGACUGGUUCUAUUUUCUUCAAGAUGAUACCUAUGUGGAGGCAGACCGCAUCAAAAUGCUAGUGGGGCAUUUAAGCAUUGAUGUGGAUCUCUACAUGGGCAAACCGGAGGAAUUCAUUGGAGGGGAGCUGGAAGGAAGGUACUGCUAUGGUGGAUUUGGCUAUUUGCUGUCUAGGAUGCUUCUUCUUAAACUGCAGCCCUACCUUGAAAACUGUCGGAAUGACAUAGUGAGCGCCAGGCCAGAUGAAUGGCUAGGAAGAUGCAUCAUCGAUUACGGCAGUACAAACUGUGUAAAUGAACAUGAGGGAAUCCUCUACAAUCACUUUGAAAUGGGAAAAAAUUCAGAUCCAAGUAAAGAAGAUAAUUUGCAAUUUAAAAAUGCCUUUGCUGUUCACCCUGUGUUGGAUCCUGUACAAAUGUACAAAUUACAUAAGCGCUUUACUGAAAUUGAAUUGCAGAAGACUUACGAUGAGAUUGAAAAACUUCAGGUGGAAAUUAAGAACAUCAGUGAGCUUGCCAUUGAUGGAAACAGAAGUGCCCAUUGGCCAAUUGGUAUUAAUCCACCUUUCCAGCCAAAGAACCGUUUUGAAGUUCUUAGAUGGGACUAUUUUACUGAAGACUUAGUCUAUACCUGCACAGAUGGAUCUCCAAAAUGUGAGCUUCAGGGAAUUGACAAAGCAGAUGUGGCAGACAUUAUUGAAACAGCAAUGGGAGAGCUUAACAAAAAAUACAAGCCCAUACUGCAUCUUAAAAAGCAGCAGCUCUUAAAUGGCUACAGGCGCUUUGAUCCAACACGUGGCAUGGAGUAUACUUUGGAUCUUUUAAUUGAGGUGGUUAACCAGAAAGGGAGGAGCCGUUCCAUUACAAAGCGAGUUCAUCUCAUGCGACCUUUAAGUAAUGUAGAGAUUAUUCCUAUGCCGUAUGUCACAGAAGCAACAAGGGUUCAUAUUGUGCUUCCAAUGACUGUACACGAUCGAGAUAAUGUUAACCAGUUUUUAGAAAUAUAUGCAGCCAAUUUUUUUGAAACCAGCGAAAAUGCUGUUCUGUCUUUCUUAUUUAUAUAUGAUUCUUUUGAAGCCCAACAAGUCAAUCAGAAUGAUAUAUUUGCAAACAUUAAAGCUAAAAUUUCUUCUUACGAGCACAAGUACCCUGCAACGAAAAUACCCUGGAUAAGUGUCAAAACUGAAGCACCAUCACAGAUUAAAAUCAUGGACAUAAUCUCAAAGAAACAUCCCGUUGACACUUUGUUUUUCAUAGCUAACGUCAAUACAAAUAUAAAUUCAGAGUUCCUCAAUCGCUGCAGAAUGAACACUAUUAACAACUGGCAGGUCUUCUUCCCAAUCCAUUUUCAAGACUACAACCCUGACAUUGCUUACCAUAACCAACAGCGCCCCGUAACUAUUGACCUGGUGAAGGAUGCCGGUCACUUUGACCGCAAUGUUUUUGAUGAAGCUUGUUUUUAUAAUGCUGAUUACAUGGCAGCAAGAACAAAAAUGUCUUCAGAUGUGCAAGAGAAUGAAGAGAUCUUGGAGAUUCUGGAUAUUUAUGAAAUGUUUAUCAAAUAUGCCACUCUUCACGUGUUUCGAGCAGUUGAACCUGCUUUACACUUGAAAUACCAACAGAAAGUGUGCAAUCCGAGACUAAGUGAAGAUAUUUACCACAGAUGUGUUCAAAGUAAUUUGGAGAGCCUUGGAUCCCGGUCUCACCUUGCAAUGCUGUUAUUUGAUCAAGAGCAGGGGAACAGUACUUGACCAAACUGAAUAGUAGAGCUGGCGUUUUCAAUAAUGAAUCAUAGGGUGUUUUUAAAGUUUUUUUUUUUGUUUUGUUUUGUUAUGUUUUUUUUCACAUCAUUGAGUAAAGUUUACACUACAGAGCACCUGGACAGGGCUGCUUUAUCCAUUUUAUCACUAUCUCUAUUCUUCUUUAAAUGAAGUAGAUUCUGGAUUUUUUUCUUUAUAUAUAUAUAUAUAUAUAUAUAUAUAAUAAAAAAUAUAAGAUUUCAGUCCAAAUUGCUGGCUUCAAUAUUAAUGACUGUAAAUUGAAUAUUUAAAGAUAGAAAGCUGAUUUCCUGGUUUUUCUACAUUUUGCAGUGUCUUUUACCCUGUGGUUCUGCAAGUUUACAACUGCAGAUUAGCUUGAAACACCUCUCUGUUGUCUUCAGUCAUUCCAUUUUGGUUUAACAUAAAGGCAUUCCAGCGACUUUCAUUUAUCAUCCUAAACUGAAAUUUUUCUUUUUCUUUAAGAUGUGUAAAGAAAUACUGAACUAUUUUUAUACUAUUUGUGUAUUAUAAGUAAAUUGAAAAUUUUAACCAAGGCUGCUUUAUAUCAGGCUUUAAAGAAUCCAUACUGGCACUGACCUGAUAAUCUUAGACUCAUUGGAGGUUUCAGUAUAGUGCAAUAUGAGAUUAUUAAUGUUUAAGCAGGAAUGUGUUUAAUGUGUCCUGCUGGCUUUUCAUAGUUAAAUCCACUCCAGGAUGCCAAAACUGGACUAAGAGUUAACCAGCAGGCAGAGUAUGCUCAUACCAAAGUAUGUUAAAUGAGAAAUACUGGAAUGUAUGAAUGUACAGUAGCAUUCUGUUUAGUUAACAUGUGAGACAUGCACUGCUGUUCCAUUGUUUCACUUUGUAAAUCAAAAACUCUUUGUUCAUGUUCAAAUAGUGUAACACUUUUUUCUUAGAAAUAUAUUUUUGUAAGAAUUAUUUGCUAUUGGGAGACAUAGUCAUUAAAAAGGAUGGUUAAAUAAACAUUUUAAAGGUAAGCAUUAAGCAAAAUUUUAUAGCUUACAUGUAUAUAGGGGAACAAAUAAUGACCAUAAGCCCUGUGAAAUUUGACUUUUAUUUUUUUGUUUAGCAAGUCUGUAAAUGAAAGCAAUUCUUAAUGACUUGUUCACAUUAGUUCUGUACUUAUUGUCUCUCUCGGGCUUUGUGCUGUUUUGUUUUAUUAAUUAGCUAAAACUGACCGUGUGCAAUAAUUACAAGCUUAAUGGCAAACAUUGCUGUUGAGCCAGAUAAGGAGUUAGCAUUGUGUUGACUUGUUAUAUUUCUAGAAACACUUCCAUAUUAUAACAGAGAUAAUAUUAGGAAUUCUGGCACAAUAUUACUUGUACUGCCGACUUUUUCAACAUACAGUGGCAUUUGCUUUAGCUUUAAUUUACAUUUUUGGAGUAAUGUGUGUCUUAUUAUAUUUAUGUAGUGAAGGAAAGAAAUGUGACCACAAAGUUGGAAAAGAGAUAAACAGUGCAAUAUUUGAAAAUGAUUACAUACGUACAAUAUGCUGUAUUCACAGGCCUACCUGUCAGUUAUUUCCAGUUCAUGAUCACUUUCACAGACUAAAGUUUAAACAUAUUUGCACUGUCAUGUACAUGUUUCUCCCUUUUCACAUCACAUUAAUCAUAUACAGUAUGUUAACUUUUUUUUAUUCCAAAGUUCAUUUUUAAUUAAAAUUUACUUAUAUUUCAUUGACCCUUUUUGUAAGCAUGAAUGUGCGUGUGUGUGUGUAUAUAUAUAUAUAUAU